UGUCUAAAGUCUCAUGAAUGCAUUUAUUGAUCCCUAGAAUUUGAUCAGGGUUCUUUCUUAUAUUGGAAACAUAUGAUUAUAGAAUUUGGGAGGAAACCUAAUAAUCUGUGUUCAAUGCUAGUAGGCUUACUUGUUUGAAGCAUGAUUGCAACGCAAAGAGUAUCCUUCCAAACAAAGGAUAUCAAAGAAAGAUCAGGUAAUUAAGCAUGGAGAGAAGUGAAGAAACCAAGUGCUCGAAAACAAGUUUAGAUUCGUACCCGAAUGAAGAGGGAGAAGAAGAAAAUGAGUCAAAAGAAGUUAUGGAGUUAAAAGAUGGAGGGAGUUCCAGCAAUAGCACGGUGGAAGAGAGCGAUAAGAAGCCAUCCGUCCGACCUUAUGUCCGAUCUAAGAUGCCUAGACUCCGGUGGACAAAUGAUCUGCAUCUUAGAUUUGUUCAGGCAGUUGAAAGGCUUGGUGGACAAGAUAAAGCAACUCCCAAAUUGGUUCUGCAAUUGAUGAAUGUCAAAGGACUUCAUAUUGCUCAUGUCAAAAGUCAUUUACAGAUGUAUAGAAGCAAGAAGUUUGAUGAUCCAAACCAAGUAUCAGAUCCAACGAUUGAAGGUGGAGAUCCUAAUAUUUAUAACCUAAGUCAACUGCAGAUGCUUCAAUGCUACAAUCGAACAUGUGAUUCAACCUUUAGAUAUGGAGAUGCAUCACUCUACCAUCAUGAUUGGAUGCAUAACGCUUUGAGGGAGCAUCGUUCAAUUGAAAAGACAAAACCAAGAUUUUAUAACAUGGCUGCCGAUAGAAUUUUAGCAUUAAAUCAUGUGGGACAAACAAGUCGCAGUCUCCAUAAUAAUCAUAUGCCACCCAAUGCACAAGUUCCAUGCCGGAUCGCAGAAGUUCAUGAUAGUUUUAGAUCAAGAAUAAGUGAGAAGAAGGAGAUGUUGCAAGGGCUAUACACCAAGCUGCAAAACAACACCCUAAAUCUCAAUCCGUUAAACGUUCCGGAACAUCAGCCAAUCGUUAUAGAUUUGGAAAGUACAAGUCUUGGAAAAGAUAGAGGAACAAAGAGGAAGGCUUCUAAUCUUGAUCUUGAUUUGAAUCUAUCUCUUGAAGUUCAUUCUGGACACGCUGAGAGCCCAAAAGAUUUGGAAGGAGAUAAUGGUGAAGGAGAAGGUAACUUGUCAUUGUCAUUGUGCUCACCCUCUCUCUCAAGAACCAGAAACAAGUUAAUAAGAGAAGAUGAUCAUUGUAAUGAUCAGAAAGCAAAAAGGGCAAGUACUCUGGAUCUGACUAUAUGAAUGAGACAAAAUUCUAAGUGAGAUCUUGAGGUACUUGUUCUAGAUUAUGCACUUUUUACUUUUUUUUGUUCUAUCAUCUUUCUGAAGUUGAAAGAAAACCAUAUGCUAUUAAUCUUGUUUUAUUGUUUGUCAUACUUUGAUCUUUUCUUGUUUGCUACUAUAGCUACAUAAUUUGCCUUUAGACCUUAA